AAAAUCAAUUGAAAGAUUCCUUUCGUCAUAUGAUCACAAGUGCAAAAUCGGUGGACGGCACAGAUAACUUCACUGGUCGACAAGAUGUUACGGGCGAUUUCCCUGUUAUUUGCGCUCUUUGCUGCGGCAAAUUGUGAUCAACUGUCGGUGCUGUUUUCCCCGAAAUCCGUCGAGUUCAGUGGAAACAGUCGCCUGGACUCGGAUUCGCUUCCGGAUGUGUUCGGUGCCGCCCUUGGCUAUUCGGUUAGCUUCCCUUCGGAAUGGGACGGCAUGGUGAUUAAGGAUCCGUUCAACACCGCCAAUGGUGCCGUGGUAGUCGUCGCGGAGGGAUUGGACUCCCUUCCGGUUGAGGGUGCCAAGAGUUUCGAUCUCAUCGGAAACACCGGAUCCGUUGCGCUGAGCGAGCUGAUCCAGAAGUCGGCCGAUCAUCAUAGUGUCAGCUUCGAGGUCGACCUGAAGGAAUCGUCGGACAGCUUCACGACCCCACUUGGUACGGUUCAGCCGGAUGAUGAUGAGGUAAAGCCGCAGCACCUUAAGCCCAAAUCGAACAAGGCCGAUUCGGACUUCCUGCGUCAGAUCGCCUUCAUUAACGGACUGAGCGAUCUGCUCGUGACGUCGACCGACAGCAUCCCGACCGUGCACGUCGUGCGCGUUUCUUUCGAAGCCAUCCUGGCUGCCCACGAGUCCAGCGCACCCGCCCUGGAUGAGGCGAAGAAACUGUUCGUCAAUGCACUCAAAAGUUUGGAAACUGCUGCCGAAAAGGCUUUCGAUGGUUCAGUUAUUAUUGGACUGGUAACGGCCAGCGAAGGACAGCUAGUUGUACGAUCCAAGCGUCAGGCUACAUCGCCGAAACAGGAGACAGUAGACGAUAACCCAAUGAACCUGGCUCUGAAGUACAACAGCAACUAUCCGGUCAUGUUCAACAUCAUUUUGUGGUUCAGCGUUGUGCUCGCAUUCUCGCUGAUCGCCAUCUCGAUCGUGAUCGGUACUAUGGAUCCGGGUCGUGACUCCAUCAUCUACCGCAUGACCUCCACCAGGAUGAAGAAGGACAACUAAAUCCUUAAGACCGUACGUGAAGUGAAGGUGCUCCAGCAAAUAGUUAAAUUAUUCCAUUUUUCCCGCCCGUAAAACUUACCAUCAAACGAUCAGAAGGAUAUGCACCGUAAUCGCAAUGUAUAGCAAGAAGUAUUUCAACAAACUUACCACUGCAUACCGUCUGAUCUGAUUGCCCAUCUGCUGGAAUACGAUAAUCGGGAAAGGCACCAAAAAGGACUAUUCUUUUCUUUCGUCGUAAAAUAUCCAUCACGAGGUUUCCGACCUGCGCCAAACACCGCCGUUAUCGUCGUGCAAUGUACGCUUCCCGUUGGCAAUGUUGCGACCAUACCACCGUUAAGUGCGUGCCCUUUCGCAUCGUCAUCGCUCCACCCUUCAACGAUGUCGUCCCCUAUUUGAUUCCCCGGUGGUUCCACACAAGUGAAAAUCGACUGCAAAUCAGCAAACCAUUGAACUUAAUGCAGCAGCAGGAGAAAAAAAAGCACAUACCGAUUUUCCCUUUGUUUUAACUUUGUUGUUUAUUUGAGUUUCGUAAGGAGUAGAAAAUAAAGGAGGAUAACAUUCCAAAGUUAUCUA